AUGGGGAACGCCAACCACACAACAGAGGAAAAGACAACGCAUGCUGCUGGAACAUCCGAGACAACAGGUAACCCCACAACAGAAGAAAAGACAACGCAUUCUGCCGGGACAUCCGAGACAACAGGUAACCCCACAACAGAAGAAAAGACAACGCAUGCUGCAGGAACAUCCGAGACAACGGCAAACCCCACAACAGAAGAAAAGACGACAAAUGCUGCCGGAACAUCCGAGACAACGGGGAACCCCAACCCCACAACGGAGGAAAAGACAACGCAUGCUGCCGAUACAUCCGAGACAACGGGGAACCCCAAUCCCACAACGGAGGAAAAGACAACACAUGAUGCAAGGACAUUCGAGAAAACGGAGAAGCCUGCAACUGUUGAAUUGCGCCGAAUUUACCACACACUGCACCGUCUCGUAUCUCACUCUGCAAUAGAGGCCACAAUUAGUAAGCAUCCGUUGCAGACUGACUGUCAGCAGGCUGCGUUUUCUCUCUACACAACCACGGGGAAGUUAGUAAUGCCAUAA